CAAAACGACAACAUGGCAGGAGAUCAGGAAAGUGUAGUUGGAACUGAUAGUAGUUAUUGGCCAGUUAUUCUCACAUUUUUAAAUGUAUACAGUAUAAUUCCAUGUACCUUUAAUAAAUUACCAGCAGUUGCGACAAUAUUUAAGUCAGGAAGUACAAAAGGGAUCUCACUAACCGCGAUGUUGCUGGAGACUUACUGUUUUUCAGUCAUCCUGAUUUACAACUUCAUGAAGGGUUAUUCACUGGCAUUAUAUGGAGAGUAUGUAUUGGUUCUCAUACAAGAGAUGGUUCUUAUAUCAGUAAUGCUGUCGUAUCGUGAUUUGCUUAAUGUUAAGUCACUGGCUAUUGCUGCACUGUCAUUUACAGCUUUCGUUGUUUCCGGUUCUGGGUUAGUUCCAAUUGGAAUUUUAUCGAUUACAAUGGUCAAAGAAUAG